UCAUGGAGGAAUAUUUAGAUCUCUUGAAAAUUUGAAAUGAUGAGAAAUGACCCAGUCCUUGUCAGGUGUAGUCGUUGGUCCAUAUACAAGUUGUCGCGGCUUCGCAUCGCGAAAAGCGGCGUUCCCGUGUGAUUGGGGCAU